GUUUUCAUACCUGAAGGAUGAUUUGGUAGACUGCUGGGUCCUCUAGGUUAAUCAUUUCAUAACAAAACGAAACUGAUGGAAUGAUUUUAUGUUUCGCAGAAUUUAAAGGAUAUUUGAGAGAUUUUAUAGUUUGAAGUGAAAGAGUAGAACUGUUAGUUAAAUGGAAGGAGGGGAUGAUGUUGCUGUGGCAACGAUGGAGAGUUCAGAAGGUAAAAGCUCAAAAGUUGACGGAUCAAAUGUGGCAGAGAAAUCGGGGCCCAGUUUGACAGAUGGACAGACAGCAUCAGAAAAAACAAAGAAACCCAGAAUUAGAAAUAAAAAAAAGAAGAAAUUGGCCAAUUCUCCAGAUGUAGAGAUAGACGCAGUUAUGUCCGAAAAAUCAAAGACAAAGACAAAGGUAGAAUUGAAGGGUAGUGAUGCCUCAUUGCCACCAUCAUCUACUUCUGGUGUGGCUGAUUCUAAGAAGAAAAGGAAGAAAAUUGUAGCCGAGCAACUGAUGGAAAGGACAGAUUUACAUGAUGUCAGUUCAGCUACUUCAAGAUUAGAUUGUUUAAAAAUUGAUAGUAGUGGAGAUGGUCGGAAAACUGGUGGUAGUGGAGAUGGUCGGAAAACUGGUGGUAGUGGAGGUGGUUGGAAAACUAGUGAUAGUGUAGGUGGCCGAAAGGCUGAGGGAGGAAGUUACUCCCGGUUGAAACAGUCUUUCGGUCAAGGUGACAGUCCACUUCCCUCUUUAGGUCCUAAUGCUGUUUAUCCAGGAAAUUCUCAGCAACAUUGGAGUCAACGAAUGGAAUACUAUGAGGAGAGUGGACGACCAAUUACUGGUAGGACCAAUACAGGUAACCCUGGUUAUGCUAGUCCACAAGGUGGUCGUAAUAGUCCACAUGGAGGUCGGAGUAGUUCACAUGGAGGUCAGAAUAGUCCACAUGGAGGUCAUAAUAGUCCGCAUGGAAAUCAGAACAGCCCUCUUCAAUAUGACGAUCAGCACUUCCAAAAUUAUGGGCAGCAUAAUAACCAUAGGAGAUCUAAUUCUAGUCACCAUGUGAAAGGUAACCCUCAUCAAGGUCAUGGUUAUCAUUAUCCUCAACGUCAAGGUUAUCCUCAAGUUUUUCAGCCAUCAGUUCCUGGUUAUCAGGGUCUAGACCAGCAAUCAGGUCAAGGUCAAGGUUAUCAGCAUAACCAAGGUCAUCAAUCUGGUCAAGGUUACAAGAGACAGGGUCGACAAAAUAAUAAAAAUUGUCAGCAAAAAUAUAAGACAAUAAAAUUUGAUCCCUACUGGUCUAAACAAGAUUUAGCUGAUGGCUUAAAGAGACAAGAACUCAUUGAGGGACCAAUAAGAAUCAACCCUAAGAAUUAUGAAGAUGCGUACGUACCGUUACCAAAUGGUAGCUGUGACAUCUAUAUUUGUGGAAUGAAGAGUAGAAAUCGUGCUUUAAAUGGUGAUAUUGUUGCUAUCCAGAUUUUAGAUAGAGAUAGUUGGAAGGUUUACGAAAAUGAUCUUGAAAAGUAUGAAACAGAUAUGAAAUCAGAGAAGCAGAAUGGCCUUAAGGGAGAUAACUCUGAUUAUGAGAAUUCUGGCCCAGAUGUAGUUUUAGAAAGUGAAGAAAUUGUUGAUAAAGAAGCAAAUAUCAAAGUGAAAGUAGAAUCCAAUCCUGUGCCUAAUGAACAAAAUAAAGACAAAACUAAAAAAAGUGAGAUGCAGAAAAAGAAGUAUUUAUCGAUUAAAGAAGUGCUGAGUAGUGGAAGUUCGAUAGCCAAAGAUCUGCUAAAAAUGGAUGUUAAUCACUCAAAGGCAAGCUCCUUCGUACAGAAAGUGGGAAAGGUUGUGGGUAUUUUGGAGAAGAAACAUUCUCGUGCAGCUAGCGGCCAUAUUAAAUUACUAAUGGAUAAGAGUAAGGAACUUGCUCUCUUUUCACCUUUUGAUCAUAGACUUCCCAGAAUUCUACUUCCAAUGGACGAAUGCCCAAAAGAUUUUUAUGAAAGACCAGAGGAUCAUGCCUCUACUUUAUUUAUAGCCAGAAUAAUAGACUGGGAAGAAGAGUCACAAUAUGCCAAGGGUCAAUUAACAAGAAGUUUGGGUGAAGCUGGGUUGAUUGAACCUGAAACUGAGGCUCUACUUGUAGUGUAUGAUGUAGAUUUUACUGAAUUUACAGAUGAGACUUUAGCCUGUCUACCACAGAAUCUACCAUGGAAGAUACCCGCAAGUGAGUUUGAAUAUCGUCGUGAUUUCCGUAAAGAAUGUAUCUUUACAAUAGAUCCCGCUACAGCCAGAGAUCUCGAUGAUGCUGUCUCGUGUGAAACUCUAGGAAAUGGUAUGUAUGAAGUGGGAGUACAUAUUGCUGAUGUCAGCUUCUUUAUUGAUCCGCGAUCAGCGUUAGAUAAAGUUGCUGCUGAACGAGCUACUAGUGUUUAUCUCACACAAAAGGUUAUACCUAUGUUACCACGGUUACUAUGUGAACAGUUGUGUAGUUUAAAUCCUGAUGAAGACCGUCUGGCAUUCUCCGUCUGCUGGAAGAUGAAUGAUAAAGGGGAGAUAUUUGAAGUAUGGUUUGGUAGAAGUGUUAUUAGAUCCUGUGUUAAACUCAGCUAUAAUCACGCUCAGGGAUUUAUUGACAGUCCAGAUAAAGCAUGGACUGCUGAAGAGUUACCUCCCAUAUCAGAAGGUUUCACUGUAGAAGAUAUUAAAUCUAGAACAUUAUUAUUACAUAAGAUAGCUAGUGGAUUACGUCAAGCGAGGUUUGAUAAAGGUGCUCUACGUUUAGAUCAAGUUAAACUACAAUUUACAUUAGAUAAAGAUACUGGUUUACCUAACGGCUAUACUGUAUAUCAACAACGAGAAAGUAACAGGUUAAUAGAAGAGUUCAUGUUGUUAGCCAAUAUGGCCGUAGCUCACAAGAUAAACUCUGAAUAUCCUGAUACAGCCAUUUUACGUUGUCAUCCUCCACCUCAGUCGAAGAUGAUUGAUGACCUGCAAAAGACGUGUGAAGAACUAGGAAUGGAUAUGAAAGUAUCUUCAUCACAAGCAAUUCAUGAAUCGAUAUUGAAAUAUGUUGGUGAUGAUGAAUUUAGUGUGGCCAGAAAACAGGUGUUGGUAGCUUUAUGUUCCAAACCAAUGCAGAAUGCGAAGUAUUUUUGUACUGGUAUGUAUGAUGAUGAAGAGAAUUAUCGUCACUACGCCUUAAAUGUUCCGUUAUAUACACAUUUUACUUCUCCUAUCAGACGAUAUCCUGAUGUGAUGGUCCACAGAUUACUGGCAGCAGCACUAGGUUAUUGUGAGCCACCUUUAGAUAGUAAAGAAGAUCGCCAUAAAGAAGCUAAUCAUUGUAAUGAUAAGAAAAUGAAUGCCAAACGAUGUUCAGAGAGUAGUACUGAUAUAUUCUUCGCUGUUUUUGUGAAGGAAGCUGGUCCGUUUGAGGAGAGAGGUAUGGUAAUGGCUGUGUUGGAUCGGUCAUUUGAUGUUUAUAUUUUAAAACUUGGAGUCAUUAAACGGGUUUACUGUGAUAAAUUAGAAAUCAAGGAUAAAAUCUUUGAUAAAGGAGGCAAAGUUCCUAAAUUAACGUUAUUAUGGCCAGUUACGGACGAUUGUCCACAAAUUAUACGACAAGAAAUAACUAUUUUCUCAUUGGUUGAUUGUUUACUCAAAUCUGAUAUGGAGCCACUGAAAUGGACUGCUUACAUCAAAAGACCAAAGGAAAAUACGCCUUGUUGAAUAUACCAGUUUCAUCUACACCUCAAAACACACUGUGAUCCCUUUCAUCCUUUCUGUAAAAACAAACCAGUUAGUCUCAAAACCUGCUAUAUUAAUAGCCCCGUGUGGCUGUAACUGGGCUAUUUUCCCUCUGAGUGGAAAGUGAUGGUUCUCUCGAGUUCUUUAACUGUGAUAUCUAAAACUUGGGUAUAUUUUAAAUAACAACUAUAUGAUUACUGUGUGAAAAUAAUGGAAGAUUUUUAUGAGUAUUUUUGGAUUAACGUGUGCGCAUUAAAUCAGAAGCUCUGUCAUUGAGUGAAGUGGCGUGACAAGAAGUAGGGUCGCCUGUCCAACCUUGUGGGUUUUCUCCGGGGUCUCUACUUUCCUCCUACUGCUUAAGACCCCUAUGUGUAAGUGAAUUAUUGAAAUAAAAUUGUACCAUAUGUUAGUCCCAAAAUGACCAAGUUUGUGUCGAGUGGACAUUAACCCCCCAUCUCUCUCUCUCUCUCUCUCUCUGCUGUAAUGUUUUUUUUUGAAAUGAAAAAUGUUUUCUGUGUCAUUAAUAUGAUUUAUAUGAAAAUUGUUGUAAAUAUUAUAUUGUAAAAAUGGAUUUGAAAUCUAUUUUUUAAAAACAUGUAUUUUUUAUUAAAAAAAUAAAAAAGCUAAAAGAAAAAAAAGCAAAAAAGACUUAACAAAAAAAAUAUAAAAUGUAUAAAAAUAUGAAAGAAAUUUGAGUUUCUUUUGUAAA